AAGGGAUCAGAGCCGAAUGUGUAAAUAGCUUUGAGAGCGGAUGCAGAGGCGAGGCGGGGUUGGUCUGGAAUUUAAUUUGGAAGCUGGAAGUUUCGGUUUGUAUCUAAUCCACAACUAACUCCACGCAGUAAAGCACCAUGGCGAACAUUGGCUUCGGACUUUGCCUUAUCUUCUUCGGUGUUACUUCUUGCAUGGAAACUCCUCCUUUAAAUAAAACACUUGUGGCGGACAAUGACACUCCUGGAAACGAAAACAUAUCUUUGCCCAUUAUGUCUUCCACUGGAAAUGCGUCUUCUACUGAAAAUAAGCAGCUUUCUACUACAACCAAGAAGAUUUUUGAUUUAAAUGUCCAACAAAAUGGAUCUGCCCCUGACCUUCAGUUUACUUCAAGGAAGAUAACUACAUCUGUUACUUCCCAGUCAAAUGGACCUGUUCCCCAAUCCACCAUUGUAUACAAGCCUGAUGAGAACAUGACCUCGACCACAGUCAAUGAUGUUACCCAGCCAACUGGAUCUGAACUGACUUCCAAGUCAAGUGGACCUGUUCCCCAUCCCACCACUGCAAACAAACCUGAAGAAGAGAUAGCCACAGCCAGGCCAACCACAGUCAACAAUGGUGCCAGUGUUACCCAGCCAACUGGAUCUGAACUGACUUCCAAGUCAAGUGGACCUGUUCCCCAUCCUACCACUGCAAACAAACCUGGAAAAGAGAUAACCACAGCCAUGCCAACCGCAGUCAACAAUGGUGCCAGUGUUACCCAGCCAACUGGAUCUGAACUGCCUUCCCAAACAGCCAUUGUAAAACAAGCUGUUGAUGGCAGUCUCACUUCCAAAGUUAAAGCAAAUGUUACCAAACCAAGUGCACUUAAUAUUGACACUACUGCUAAAAAGUUCUUGCAAUCUGACAAAAAGGUAGCUGCAAAACCUGCUGUGGAUGAUGGUCACUUCAUAAUUUAUCUAAUACUGGGAUCAUUGCUCGUAUCAUUGGUGUACAUCACGUACCACAACAAAAAUAAGAUUAUUUCCUUGUGUCGGAGAGGUGGUCCCAGAAGAACCGGACGGCCAAAUGCUUCUGAAUAUCAACGGCUUGAUCAGAACUUGAGUGAAGUUAUGACCAUUCUGAAAAAGAAAACCAGCCUUAAGAUGAACUGAAACAUUAUGGUGGAAAAUGCCUAAUUGCCAACAACUGAUCUUAAUGGAAAUGUUUGUGGUUGAGUUACUGUUGCUUUUAGGUUAUUCCAUUUUGGUUUAUUCACUUUUUUCGCUUGUAUGCUGUGACUAUAUCAUGAUCUAUGUUUAGAAAGCUUGAUUCUACUUGCCUAGCAGAGACAGGUGGUUCAUGCUGUCUAUAUGAAAUGGAAAUCAUUGCAGAAGAUCAUUUAUUUUAGUGUGGAAACAAAAUGCCAAACGGCAAUGAAUUAGAUUUGCUAUAGUUGUGCCCCUUCUAAAAUCCUGAAUGAGAAUGUUAGCACUGACUCCCUUGCACUGGUAUUAUGUAUGUCAUAGUGCAAUACUGUUUUGAUGAUUGUAGAUAACACUUUCCUUGCUUAAACACAGUGGGAUUUGAAAUUUCUCAAUAAUUAUCAGAAUGGAUUCUCUAUUAAUUGUGGCACUAACAUCUGGUUCUUGAAUCUCAUUUAGUUCUUUGAUUUAUAGAUUUUAAUUGAUUCACUGAACACUUGGUCGUAUCAAGUUACUUAACUGGAGUAGCCAGACACUUUUACAUGUGUGUAGGAAGAAACUGCAGAUGCUGGUGUAAACCGAAGAUAGACACAAAGCUGAAGUAUCUUAGCGGUUCAGUCAACAUCUCUGGAGAAAAGAAAUGGGUGAAGUUUUGAGUCUAGACCCUUCUCUACCUGAAAUGUCACCUAUUCCUUUUCUCCAGAGAUGCUGUCUGAUCCACUGAGUUACUCCAGCUUUGCGUCUAUCUUCACUUUAGCAUGUGACUACUUAUACCUGCAUGCCUCUAACGCCAAUUGGAUUAGGAGACACGAUUAGACUGUUUUACUAUCUGACAAAUGAACAAAGCAAACAAUACUUGAAGAUUUUUUUAAGCAACCUUUGCACUUGUAUGUUAUAGGCCAAAAUUAACUGACCAGGAUUUGUUCAAACUACCGAAAUGCCUUUAUUUAAAAUGUAUAGUUUUAACAAAUCCAUGUGUGCAGAAAUUGAACAAACUGAAGCCGAAAAGAAGGUUUUUUUCCUUUUAUCGUCAGCCACUAGGUUUUCACAGUUAAUUAGAAGGAUGAAAUGGAAGUGUGUUUUUGUGU